AGUAACCCGGAAACACACACACGGAUGUGGUAGAGGAGGUAGGCGAAUAUUGAAGGCGUUUAUGCUGCAAAGUCAUCUGAAAUCAUUGCAUAAAAACACAUUUUAUCUUCCAAACUCAGCGGAGACUUUUUUCAAACCCUUAAGGAGAAUGUUAAAAUUAAGAAGUCAACCCCUUCAGUCUGUUAUGAUGUUUGGCUCAUCCAGGAGUUAAUAUUUUUUGAAUGCCACAUGAUGAAGAAUGUAACUUUUGAUGAGUUUCACUGGACCAAGAACUGUAUGAGGAUGCUGAAUUAAGAUUUGGGACUUCUCCGGUCACCUUUUGUCCAUCAUGUUUGUGACAGCAUACCUUGCAUUUAUAGUCCUGACGGGACUGUGUGUGACUUUAGAGAUCACAGCCCGCCGACUCAACUCGUCCCAGGCCACACAGACAGCGGUCGCCAAUCCGGCUUUCCGUCAGUUCCAGAAGCUCUUUCUGAAGGCAUAUCUCCUGGCCCUCUGGGCAGACUGGCUACAGGGACCUUACCUUUAUAAACUCUACCGACAUUACAACUUCCUGGAGUCUCAGAUUGCCAUCCUGUACGUAUUCGGCCUGGCUUCUUGUGUGCUAUUUGCUCCAGUGGCCGGAUGGCUACCACAGUUUCUGGGGCGGAGACAGACGUGUCUCCUCUUCUGCCUGACUUAUUCUGUCUGCUGCAUUACCAAGCUGUCACAAGACUAUUUUAUACUUAUACUAGGACGUGUUUUAGGAGGCCUGUCCACCUCUUUGCUAACCACUGUGUUUGAGGCCUGGUAUGUGCACGGUCACGUUGACGUCCAUGAUUUUCCCAAAGAGUGGAUUCCUGUUACCUUUGGUAAAGUCGCAGAUUGGAAUCAUGGACUGGCAGUAGGUGCCGGGCUGGUGGCAAACUUGUUUGCCGAAUGGCUUGGGUUAGGACCGGUUGCUCCAUUUCUCCUGGCGAUCCCUAGCCUUGCUGCCUGCGCCUGGUUUGUGUUGUCCGAAUGGGGUCAGGAGGAUAGACAAGAGGGUGCCAGUGGAGACAAAAAUGCCCCCCUUCUCAACCCUCUACAUGCCCCCAAGUUGCAAAUGUCAACAUGGGCCCGUUUUUGGCGAAGCUGUCUGGACGGGCUGCGCUGCUUGCUGUCGGACCGCCGUGUUCUGCUUUUAGGUGGCGUUCAGGCUCUUUUCGAAAGCGUGCUCUAUAUUUUUGUAUUUCUUUGGACACCUGUACUGGACCCACAUGGUCCGCCGUUAGGAAUUGUGUUUUCCUGUCUAAUGGCGGCCAGCAUGGCUGGUUCCACACUUUUCCGGCUGGCCACGUCAGCCCCAUAUCGACUCCAACCUGGUCAUCUGCUCUGCCUAGCUGUUCUGCUAGCUUUCUUCUCCUUCUUCAUGCUGACAUUCUCCACUGUGCCCGGUCAGCCCCGGCCGAGGGAAUCUCUGCUAGCCUUCCUUCUGCUAGAACUAGCCUGCGGGCUUUAUUUCCCAGCGGUGAGUUUUCUCCAAGGCCGAGUGGUUCCCAUGGAGCGCAGAGCCGCCGUGCUGGCCUGGUUUCGUUUGCCUCUUCACCUCCUUGCUUGUCUGGGGCUGCUGGCUCUUCACGGGGAGGUAUCUGGGGCCGGUGCGGGGGAGGCUGGCAGUGGCACCAGACACAUGUUUGCAGGAUGUGCGGGGAUGAUGCUGGCCGCUCUGCUUGCUAUCGUCAGCCUUUUCACCUUGGGCAGGAAUGAUGCCGACCUGAGACUAGAGGGGACCAAAUUAGAGGGAGAAAUCUGAGUUGUAACAAGAUGGACACUGGAUUUCAAUUUCAAUAGGAGGACUUUGGUUUUAUAUGCUGUUCUUUUUCUUUAUGAAUGCUGUUUUAGUUAAAUAAUUGUAUUCAUGGGUUAAACAAAUCAUAAAGUACAUGGUUUAUUUUUUUCUUCUGAUUGCAAUGUUAAUAGAACCAAUAAACUCUUUAAAAUCUGCAAA